AUGGCAUUAGUGCAAAUAACUUUUUAAAAUGUGAUCUAUAAUUUUGAUGCGAAUUUGGAUUAAUUGGAUGGUACUUUUGUAAAGUUAUCAAUUAGGAUGGUCAAAUGUGUUGAGUUUCCAGUCAUGUGGUGUUUCAUAUUACUUUUUGGGAUCCUAUCUUGAUACGUCUGUAAUUAGUAGAUUGAUUUUAAAUCUAGAGUCUCAUUAUGUAAUUAAGAUUGAGGGUUAUUUUCUUCGGUAAUGAUAUUUAUUAAUUUCAAAGUAUUAAUGAAAAUGAUGAAUUUUCAUUCUUUCUUGAUGGUUAUUAGUUAGAAUAACUAUUGAUUCACGAUGAAGAGGCAAGUAGCGAUUGUGGGUCGAUAUGGAUAUCAAAUAUUUCAAUUAUUCAUUAGCAUAACAGAAGAACAGGCUUAAUUUAAAUAGGCUAACCGUAAGGAGGAAUUAUUAAACUUUAAAUAAGCAUACUGAAUUGUUAGGAAGAAUGUAUUGGAUGUAUUUGGAAUUACCCAAUUAAUUGUGCAAAAUGGAUGCUGCACUAAUAUUCAUUUAAUUAUAAAUAGAUGACUUCUUCUGAGGGAUGGGAUGACAUUCUUAAUUAUCAUUAGGAUUCUUCUAGAUGUGAUGGAUGCUAAUAUUUAAAGUUUAAAGAUAUUUCUUACUCAACUUAAAUACCAUUUCAUUAAGAUAUAUUAAUCAGGUUUUAUAAAGGAUCAUUAAAUUCUCUUAUAUUAAACUAUAUGUAUGAGAAAGUAUGGAUUUUGGGGGGUGAAUAGGUAGUUGAAAUUUUUAUAGUAAAUUACCCAAACGAGAUUUUGAAUUUGAAUAUUAAAUCAGAAGAUAUUAACGAAGAAAGCUGGAUAAGAGAUUUUGAAAUAUAUUACACAAUGCCUGAACUUUAAAUUUUAGGUCUAAAUUAAGGCUGCUAAGACUUGAUAGGAGAUCAAUGUCUAAAUUGUUAAGAUGGUUGGAUUUUAGAUGAAUUUCAAUAAAGUUGCAGUCCUAUCUGUGGGGACAUGAUAAUCAAAGGGUAUGAAGAAUGCGAUGAUGGAAAUUUGAUAUCUUAUGAUGGUUGUUUUUAAUGCAAACAUUAAUGUAUUGAUUCUUGCAAAACUUGCAUUUUAGGAAUUUGUAAACAAUGUCUAGAGGGUUUUGUUCUUAAUUCAAAUAAUUAUUGUGAUCCGUAAUGUGGAGAUGGCAUUGUGAUUCCUUAUUCAAUUGAAUAAUGUGACAUUAAAGAUGAUGAAGAUUAGAGUGGUUGUAAAGAUUGCAAAUAUACUAAUUGUAAACAAAGCUUUUUAUCUAAUUGUUUAGAAUGUGAAGAAGGGUUUAUAUUUUUAGUUGAUUAAUGCUACCCUUAUUGUGAUAAUAUAAAUUUUCUUGAAUAACUUGAAAAUUGUGAGGAUGGAGAUUUGCAAUCUUUUCAGGAUUGCAUAGAAGAUGGUAUUAUAUAUCAUCAAAGAAAAUGUAGGCUAGAAUGUGGAUAGGGAUAUGAAUUAAUUGAUAAUAGUUGUCAUUCAGUUUGUGGAGAUAAGAUUGUCACUACAGAAGAAGAAUGUGAUGAUGGCAAUGCAAUUAUAUUUGAUGGUUGUUUUGAUUGUAUUUAUUCUUGUCCAGAAAAUUGUAGUAAUUGUUAUCAAGGUAUUUGUUUAGAGUGUCAAAGUCACUAUUAUCUGCAUAGUUAAAAUUUAUGUAAAAUAUAGGUAAUUUGUGGAGAUGGAUUGGUUUAAGAAUAAGAGGAAUGUGAUGAUGGUAAUGAUUAAGUUGGUGAUGGUUGUUUGAAAUGUGAAAUCGAAUAAAAUUGGGUUUGUAACUCAAUAAUGAAAGAUUCUUAUAGCUAAUGUAUAUUUGUAAAAGCUCCUCACUUAAUAAUUAAUUACCUUAAUAUGACUCAAAAUAAAUAGUACAUAAGUAUAAGAUUUAAUUAGUAGGUUAAAGUCAAUACUACUAAACUUCUAUCUAAUACUAUUUCAUAUAAAUUAAUUAAUAUAGACAAUUAACAUUGGAGAAGCAGCCUUUAAAUUAAAUAAGAUGUAGGCUCAUAUGUGACAUUUGGAGAGUAUGUUUUAGAGAUAGAAGUGCUUUAACUACUUGA